AUGCCUCACUCGUACGGUUUGAGACGCGGCACUCGGUAUGCCUUCAGCCGCGGCUUCAAGAACCACGGCACCAUCCACCUGUCGACCUACCUGAAGACCUACCGGGUCGGUGAUAUCGUGGAUAUCAAGGUCAAUGGUGCUGUUCAAAAGGGCAUGCCGCACAAGUUCUACCACGGCAGGACUGGUGUUGUCUACAACGUGACUAAGUCGUCCGUCGGUGUCCUUUUGUACAAGAGGGUCCGCAACCGCUACAUGGAGAAGCGCAUCAACGUCCGCAUCGAGCACGUUUCGCACUCGCGCUCCCGUGAAGACUUCCUCAACCGUGUCAAGGAGAACGCCAUUAAGAAGCGCCAGGCCAAGGAGCAGGGCCUCCAUCUGCACCUGAAGAGACAACCCGCCCAGCCCCGUGAUGCCCACGUCGUCAGCCUCAAGGAGAACGCCCCCGAGACCAUCACUCCCCUUCCCUACGACACCCACAUCUAA